UGUCCCAGUCCCCAUUCCCUUCUCUGUCUCCCAUCUGAAAAGGUUGCGGCGGCUGCUGUUCUUGCUAGCUACGGUCGGCCGGCAGUCUUCUUCUUUGCCGCAAGCCGGAUUCAGUUACGGGGAGGAUGCAAAAGGAGCGACCACGGCAAGGCGGCGGCCACGACUAUGACAUCUCAGUCUCACACGGCUCCAAAACUCGCUCUGUCGACAUCGCCAGGAGGUACAGGAGCCCUCCGAUUCUAUCCAUCUUUUAUUUGUUUGUUGAUUCAACAGAUGCACAUGACAGGCUCUUGGGAUUGCAUUGCAGAUGUCUAGGUUCGGGUAAUGGACGUGUUGUGAUGUUAUUCUGUAACUAAACUUAACUGCUGAACUGGUGAUGUUAUUCCUGCUGCAGACUUUGAUUUAUAUUGAUAUGUAUGUGUUGAACUGGUGCAGAACUCUAUUAUACUUGUUAUGUUUGAAUUUACCCCUGAAAAUCCUCUGUUUUAUGUAGAAAAUCCCCUGUUUUCUGAGAAAAAUGUGCACAUGUACUAGUUUGGACGUGGGAUAUGCGUGCACAUGCACUGUAGCCGCGAAAUGGGUUAGCGGCCGCUAUCCGCUAUAGAGCCUGUAGCGUUUGAAUGAGCUUGCCGCGAAAUGGUUUAGCCUGCGAUUUAAAACUUUGCGAAAAACUGGAGGUCCCAAACUAUCUCCUUGAUUGCUCUCGAAGAGUCAUAAUUGUAGAGUCAUAAUUAGCGUGGUGAGUAUAUGUUUGGCAUGCAUGAUUAGCGUGCUGGUAGAUGGAACAGGGUCAUAAUUGUUAAUCCUUGUAAGAUUUGUUGAAUAUGUGGCAUUGACAUGCCAAUUAUAGAGUUUGGUUGUGCAUGUAUCCAAAUUAUUAGCUAAUUCAAAAUUCUAUAUUUCUGCCGAAUAUAUGUUGCCAUGCCCUCAUAUUUUUGUAGAAAUAUAUGCUAAAUGGUGAGAUGGGUCAUAAGGAAGUACCAAUAUUUUUACGUGGACCUACUUUUGUGUUUUGCUAUAUUCUUUACCCUUCUGUUCUGCAUAUGUAAGAUUUUCUAAGUUAGCUGGAUAGAGUUUAACUCGAAUUAUUGAUUUGAGCCAAACCCCAAGGUAAAAGCAAGAGCAACACAUGCUACAUGUUACUAUUAGACAUACAUAUAGGAUAGGACUCUUACAUUCUUAUUCAGUGACUGUUACACCCUCACUGAACCCACACAUCACACUUCUUUUAGCUAACCGACUCAAGAGUCACACUCAACAGACAGACUAACACAUGAAGACUCCCAUUCACUAACACAACCGACCAUUAUGUAGCUGAUGAAAAAUUCAAGAACACCAUACAGGACAAGAAACUCAUGAUAAUGACAACACAAGGACACACUCAUGAUAAUGACCACACAAGGACACAGUAAACUGGUGGGUAAACUAACCCGGAAGAAGGCACGGCAAGCAUGCUUCUACAAAUUCACACUGCUGAGAGCGUGACCAGGAGCUUAUUGUGGACACUAUAUGGGCAACAAUGUGUCAACAUUGUUGCCCCCAUUCUUAAGAAAUUGACGAUGAUCUUUAUUCCAUUGCCGGAGCUCAAGAAUGUUUCCGUCUUGGCCCCAAUGCUGGAGAUGGUCGAGUGGCACUGCACCUACAGCGAUGACUCUAUUGUGUUUGGCCUUUGGAAACUCGAGCUUCUAAGGUUGCCCACGACAAGGAGGCAAGGAAAAUUGCGUUCACUAUGUAUUCAUGCCUGCGCGAAGUUGUCACUUCUUCCCCAUGAACCCACCUUUGCAAAGGAGAUAGAGAAGCAUAUCAUUGUUAACUUCUCUCAUUUGAAGCUAUAUGUACAAACAGGAGGACAUAUUUUUGGAGCACUCGUGUUUUAUCUCCUUACGAUUAAUCGAAUUGCUAGUUCUAUGAAGAGGCUGAAGAUCGUUCUGUUGAGAUCGGUGGUGAAAGAAGAAUGUCCAAUGGAUUGUCCUUGUGUGCCCAUGAAUUGGAGAACCCAAACUAUCUCCUUAACCGCUCUAGAAGAAGUCGAAAUUAAUGGCUUCAACGGAGAGGAUCAUGAGUUUGAUUUAUUGGAACUAAUACUCAUAUGUGCACCAAUGCUUAAAAGAAUUAUUCUGAGAUUGUCACAUGAGGUCUUACCAAGUGAAAAUGGAUGCACCACAAUAUACGACAUCUCCAGGGUCAACUCUUCAGUGAAAUGCUAUCUUUAUCUUAGCUCUGGGUUAGUGCAUCAUAGCCAAGACUGCCCGUAAACAUGAAUUUCAUCCUUUUCUACGUGGAUUCUUGGUGUCCACCGACAAGAUCAUCAUUUUGCUUGAUAUCCAACUCUAGUACCUGGUCUCAAGACUUCACUUGGUUGCUUUCAACUGAUUACAUGUGCAUUGUUUUGCCAGUGUGUACUAUUGUUACUACAUAUAUAUGGUACUCAGUUAAAUUUUGAAUGGUAUAUCUUUCGCUAAAUUAAAGAAGUUAAUGCACUCAACUUAUACCAGUAAAUUUUCAAAGCUAGUGAUUUUGCUAA